AUGCCACGCCGGACGAAAGCCGACGGCGCCAAGUCUCGGACCGGAUCUCAAGAGCCGUCGCUCGCGCCUUCGCCCGUGACAUCACAGAGUCUGCAGCUACACAACCGACGUCCGAUGAUGCGCAUCAAUCGAAGCAGUGGACGUGGCGCUAGUAAUGAAGCCGGAAUUGCAGGUGACCGUGGUGUGCAGAAAAGUGUACAGACGGCGUCCAUUUGGCAAGGAAGAGAGAGAUCUGAUGCAGCAGACGCUCAUGGUAAAAUGAACAACAUGCGGCGGUAUCUGCGAGCAGCACGGACGCUGUACGAGAGGCAAUGCCGGAUGAAGCGGCCGUUGGCUAUCCUAAAAAUGAAGCCCAACUUGUACGGACUGAAGAGUCUGUCCACGUUCGACGCUUUGGCAGUGCUGGUGUCGCCUCUCCGAGCACACCAAAUUCUAGACGACUGGACAGGAAUCGAGAUUGGUCUGUUUGAGGAGGCACAUGAGUGCUUUGGCAAGGACUUCCACGCUAUUGCGAAGCAGCUUCCGAAGAAAAGUGUAAAGGACACAGUUGCAUUCUAUUAUAUCUGGAAGAAGCAUGGGUCAGGCAUGAAAGCGCGAGACGACGGUAAUUUGUCGGACGACAUUCUGUCCGAGCCUGAACCAGACGUAACCAUACAAACACUCAAGCUCAUGGGUCGUCUUCAAAAGCGGCAGCUGUACAUUCAAGAUUACUUUGACACUGCUCGGGCUAUUUAUGCUCCUCAGCCAUCGUAUGCGUCGAACCAGAAGCGACAAAAGGUUUCUGCAUUUGGAUUACAGCGCAUUGCCUGCUUCCAGCGAGGCCUCAAAGGAGUUUCGCCAUUGCGCGUUCCAUCGAUACUCGACACGUGGACUCCGUUUGAGAUCCGACUGUUUGAAGUUGCAAUCGAGUGCCACGGCAAAGAUUUUCCGCGGAUUGCUGAUGUUACCAACAAGUCCUGCAGAGACGUGGUCGCAUUCUACUACAUCUGGAAAAAUGAUUCCCACUAUCAAGUCGUGAAGAAUCGUUGGGAAAGAAAGAAUGAAGCGGACUCAACGGCGAAAUCACCAGCUGACUGA